AUGGCGCAGUGGGCGCUCCUCCUGUUUUCUUUGUGCGGAGCUCUGCAGGCACAAGAGUCUCAGCAUCCCACUAUACUGAAGUGCUGCCAGGAGGGGAGGGCUGGGGCCCUGAGAGAACAGGACUGUACAACCCUUCCCUUCAUCUCCUCCUCACACACCUGCAGGAUCGCCCAGGAGCGGUGCUGCGAAGCAACAGUCGUAGACGAGUCCUGCGACAAAGGCGUUCAACUGGCCCGAAGUCAAGGGGCCUGCGAGACGGCGUUCUUCAAGGGAGACCUCAGGCAAAAGCGGGUCUCCAAGGUCUGCUGUGACUGCUGCAUGCUCGGCAUGACGGAUCUGAAUUUGGACUGCGAGCUGCCGGGUCUGACGCUGGGGAAACACUGUGAACACACGGCUAAAGCCUGCUGUGGCAACAACACAGAGGCCACACCAAAGCCUGAGGGCUCCUCUUGCUCUCAGCUGAGUGCAGCUAAUGGAACAUGUGACUGCCGUGAUGGUUAUCAGCUGGAAAAUGAUGAAGUGAAUUGUGAAGAUAUUAACGAGUGUCAACUGGGCAGCCACAACUGCGUCUCCGGCCAAACCUGCAUCAACACAGAGGGCUCCUUCCGCUGUCAGAGGGAAACCAGCUGUGGUACUGGGUACGAACUCCAGGAUAACAACAAUUGCAAAGAUAUUGAUGAGUGUGCUUUGGGGACCCAUAACUGCGGACCAGACUUUACGUGCAACAACACAGUUGGCUCGUUCCGCUGCCACCCGACGGAGGGGUGCACUGGAGGGUUCAUCCAGGACGCCAUCGGCCGCUGUAUCGAUAUAAAUGAGUGUGUGGCCAACACCGGUCCAUGCCUGCCUGGACACACUUGCAUCAACACAGAGGGCUCCUACACCUGCCGCAGGAACACAGUCAGCUGUGGAAGAGGCUAUCAUCUGAUCCAGGACGGCAAGCGCUGUGAAGAUGUAGACGAGUGUCGUACAGGAGAUGUGUGUGGUAUCCACGGCUGUGUGAACCUUGUGGGAUCGUACCGCUGUGAGUGCAGAAUUGGCUUCGUCUUCAACAGCAUCGCCAGACUGUGUGAAGAUAUCAACGAGUGCAGGCACUAUCCCGGACGACUCUGUGGCCAUAAGUGCGAGAACACCGAGGGGUCCUACCUGUGCGGCUGCACCACGGGCUUCAGACUGUCCCAUGACAACAGAAACUGUGAAGAUGUCAACGAGUGUGAGGCGAACCCGUGCAGCCAGGAGUGCUCCAACGUGUACGGCUCCUACCAGUGCUACUGCCGCCAUGGCUACCAGCUGAGUGACAUCAAUGGGAUAACAUGUGACGAUAUUGAUGAGUGCGCUCUGCCUGCUGGAGGUCACGUGUGCUCAUACCAAUGCGCCAAUGCCCCGGGAAGCUUCUACUGCACCUGCCCGUCCACUGGCUACACGCUAACCCCCAAUGGACGCACAUGUCAAGACAUUGAUGAAUGUGCAGCAGAGACUCACACCUGCUCUGUGUCUGAGAGCUGCUUCAACGUCCACGGAGGAUUCCGCUGCCUGUCCCUCCAGUGUCCUCAGAACUUCAGACAAGUGUCACAGGGACCGGAUGUAUCGAUGGGGUUACGUUGUAUUAAGGCCUGCCCAUUUGGGGACACCAACUGUGCUCUGAACCCCGUCCACAUCAUCACCUACACCCUCCUCUCUCUGCCAUACUUCAUAGACUUCCGCGCACCCGUUGAAAUUGUUUUCCUGCGGACCGUCGUUGCAGCUUACCCUGCCGAUCCCAGGAGAGCGACUAAUAUCUUUUUCGAGAUCACUUCAGCUGAUGAACAGUUCUCCUUCGACGUGCAGAGGCGCUUCCACCAGAACAAGAUUAUGGGUGUUGUGCGGCAGGUCAAACCGAUCAUUGGCCCCCGGGAUCUGGAGGUGACGGUGGCUAUGAAUUAUGUCAAGUCAGGAGCCAUUUCCCAUCAGAAUGUUGUCGUCAUACGCAUCUUUAUCUCUGAGUUCUGA